UCUCCGGCCGGCGGCUCCCGCGUGCGCGCUCUGCCCGGCGGGCGGGUUCUGGGGCUCCGUCUGCGCCGCCCCCGGUGCCGGCCUCGUGCUCUCGUCGCCUCCUUCCUCCCCCGCCCGCACCUCCCUCCGCUCGGCCUCCCGCCUGCCUCGCCCCGGCUCGCCGCUGCGCCUCCAGCCCUGGCGAGGAGGGGCCCCUGCGCGGCGCCGGACGGGACGGGCUGCGGGUGUCUGACGCCUUGGCCCGCGCGGUCCGCGAGGGUCGGGUGACCUUUGGGGCGGACGGGGACACUCCGUGGUGCCGCCGUGACGGCCCGCGGGGCGCCCCUCCCUCCCGCCCCUUCGCGUAGCCGCGUCCGGCUCGGGGCUGCCGGGGGAGGUGGAGCCGCGGCCCCGGGCGUCAGGCCCGCCCCGCUCCGGUCAGGCCGCGGGGUUUGGGGCGGCUGGGGCAGGACCGUGCCGGGUCCGAGUCUCAAGAGGCCGGAAACCUGUGCCCGGGAGCCACCCCGCGGACUCCGACUGCGGCCGGCGGCUCGUGCGGUGCCUGGGUUCUGCGCGUUUGUGCCCCGGCUCCGCGAGCGCCGCCCCACUUGUGUCCCGGGGGUGAGCGGCUCCCCGGGGGUGAGCGGCUCCCCGGGGCUGCCCGCAGGGAACGGGCGGUGCGCUCACCUGCUUCCCCGGGGCGGCUGGGCCAUGAGGACGGCGCUCGUGUACCACGAGGAAAUGACAGCCGCGCGGCUGCUCUGGGACGACCCCGAGUGUGAGAUCGAGCGUCCUGAGCGCCUGACCGCCGCCGUGGAGCGUCUGCAGCAGGGUGGCCUGGAGCAAAGGUGUCUACAAUUGGCAGCUCGAGAGGCCUCAGAGGCGGAGCUGGGCCUGGUGCACAGCCCAGAGUAUGUGUCCCUGAUGCGAGGAACCCAGGCCUUGAGCACCGAGGAACUACAGGCGCUGUCUGGACAGUACGAUGCUGUCUACUUCCACCCGAGUACCUUCCACUGCGCCCGGCUGGCCGCGGGAGCUGCGCUGCAGCUGGUGGAUGCUGUGCUGACCGGAACUGCACACAAUGGGCUCGCCCUGGUGAGACCUCCGGGGCACCACAGCCAGAGGGCUGCUGCCAAUGGAUUUUGUGUGUUCAACAACGUGGCCAUAGCAGCCAGAUAUGCCCAGAAGCGGCACGGCGUGCACAGGAUCCUCAUUGUCGACUGGGAUGUCCACCACGGUCAGGGCAUCCAGUAUAUCUUCGAGGACGACCCCAGUGUUCUUUAUUUCUCCUGGCACCGCUAUGAGCACGGUCGCUUUUGGCCUUAUCUUCGGGAGUCAGAUGCAGACGCUGUUGGGCUAGGGCCAGGCCGAGGCUUCACUGUCAACCUGCCCUGGAACCAGGGUCACCCCCUGAUCUUGGGCCCCAGGAGUGAAGACCCCAGAGCCUCCCACCCCCCAUCCAAGUGCCCAGCUCUGAUGCUCAAUGGCCGCAGGUUGGGAUGGGCAAUGCGGAUUACAUGGCCGCCUUCCUGCACGUGCUGCUCCCUGUGGCCUUUGAGUUUGACCCUGAGCUGGUGCUCGUCUCAGCAGGCUUUGACUCGGCGAUUGGGGAUCCCGAGGGGCAGAUGCAGGCCACUCCCGAGUGCUUCGCCCACCUCACGCAGCUGCUGCAAGUGCUGGCCGGCGGCCGGGUCUGUGCUGUGCUGGAGUGCCCUGGAGUCCAUCCAGAGCGUCCGGGCAGCCCAGGCCCCUCACUGGACCAGCCUUUGGCAGCAAGGGUCGACACCCACACUGAGUCUCAGCACGUGCUCCCCAGAGAGGAGACCCUCCCCUGUGUCGCCUGGGGGACCCAAAUGCAAGGCAGCGGAGGCCCAGACUUCGGCUGUUCUGAGUUCACUCCUGGACCGGCUGCACCUCUGCGCCACACCCCCUGUCCGCACGGCUAUUGCCCUGACUGCGCCGGCUGCUGCCAUGGUCCUGCCCCCCGACAUUCUCCGUCAGGAGGAGUCAGCCCCAAGGGAGGAGACACAGGCCUGGGCCAGGCUGCACGAGGCCCUGACCCAGGACACAGCUUUCACUGCACUUGGGAAGGUCCUGCAUCUGUUGAAUGGGAUCCUGGAUGGACAGGUGAGCAGCGGCAUCGCGACAACCCCAGCGGCAGCCUCCACUCUGGAGGUCGUCCUUCGACAGGGCUUGUCCCACGGAGCCCAGAGGGUGUUCUGUGUGGCUUUGGGACAGCUGGAUCGGCCCCCAGACCUUGACAAUGAUGGGAGGACCCUGUGGCUGAACAUCAGAGGCAAAGAAGCGGCUGCCCUGUCCACGCUCCACGUGUCUGUGCCGCUGUCAGGGACGACGGGUGGGUUCUUGAGCUGCAUCCUGGCGCUUGUGCUGCCCCUGGCCUAUGGCUUCCAGCCUGAUCUGGUGCUGGUGGCGCUUGGACCAGCCCAUGGCCUCCAGGACCCCCAAGCUGCACUCCUGGCUGCCCUUCUACGGGGACCAGCGGGGGGCCGAGUCUUGGUCCUCGUGGAGCAGGAGUCCACAUGCCAGCUUGUGGGAGUCCUGGCCCGGGUGUUGCAUGGAGACCCCCCCCCGAGCCUGGGUCCCUUCUCCGUGGCCUCCCCAGACGACGUGCAGGCCCUGGUGCACUUGAGAGGGCAGCUGGAAGCAAAGUGGGAGAUGCUGCAGGUGGCUGCUCCUUCUGGAGUGCCGUGAGCUGGUAGCUCGAAGUCCACCAGAGUGGAAGUCUUCCCAUCCAGGAGAUGCAAACAUUCGCCAGUACACCACGGCUGGAGGCCUUUGCGCGGAGGGCCAGGCCACGGAGCUGUGGAGAGCGCUGGCUCGGGGGCACUCUGUCCACGGCAGGGACCUGGAACCUCCUCCAGGGGCCCACCUCUUCACAGGUGGCCCCAUCCUCACGUCCUACACUUCUCUGAACCUUAAAAAUAAAAGUUGUUUUACCAGCA